AUGUUAAUAUUAGUUCUAUUACCUAUUGUCUACUUAGGUUAAACAUUAGAAUAAUGUGAAGUCAAACAAGAAUAAAUAUAAAUGUUCUUCUCAACCUAAGAAACAUUUGAAUGGAACUUAAAAGAUUUAUUUUCAGGAUCCUAUUUGAAUUACACAAUAUCAGCAAAAUAACCCUUUUUUACUUUUAAAAAACCUAUCCAUUAAGAAUAUAUACCUAAAUAGUUGAUAGAAGGUAUAAUAUGUUUUUAUUUUAGGUAUAUCAAAAAUUGUUGCCAUAUAAGCAAAGACUGAAUAAGGAUAGAGAGUAUGGUUAAAUUAUUUUGCUUUUAUAGAAAAAAGUGUAAAUUAAUUAUCAAUUUUCUAUGCUGAAGGGUAAUUAUAUUUAAAUGAUAAAGUAGUACAUAAGGAGAUUAUAGACCACCAUAUUUUAAUUAUAAAAUAGUGUUUACUUAAAAUCAAGAUAUUUAAUGUUUAAGUUUAGAAUAUCUUAAUGAUACUUCAUUUUUAGCUGAUUGCUAUAAUUCUAUGAAAAAUCCAAUAUAAAAUUAUUUUUACGUUGUAAGUAAAUCUGGUUCUGUAAGAAAUAUUAGUAAUCAGAAUUAAGAUGUGUAAAAUAUAAUUACAAAAAGAAUUACUAAAGUGAUACCAUUUGUUGAUGCUAAAAAGAAUCAAAUGAAAUUAUUGUUUAGAUCAACACCAGCAUAUGCAACUGGAUCAGACUUAAAAAUUAAUUCAUUAAUUGAAAUUUAUAAUCUAGAAACAUUUUAAAUAGUUAAUUAAUUAACAGCACGUGAUAUUGGUACACUUUUGAAAGUUUAAGAUCCUUACAAAUAUUAAUUUAGUUUGAUAGAUUUUGAAUUAUUUCCAGAUGGUAAACUUUAUAUUUUAACUGCAUUUGAUGGAAUAAUAAUAUUAUAAAUGGAUUAAGGUUUUGGUUUUACUUUAUUAGAUAGAAUAAAAUUAUAUAAUGAUGUUAGAGAAUUUGAUGUUAGUCAUUUCUUGUCAUAAGAAGGAUUUUUAAUUGAAGUUAUUGGAGUUUUAUACUAAAAUAAGGCUGAAAUUUAUGAAAAUAGAAUUUAUAAGGAUUCAUAUUAAUUAGAUUUUACUCCUGUUUAUACUACUUUAUUAAAAAUAUCACAAGAACUAUUAAUUAUUUAAAAUAAAGGGAAAACAUAUUUAAUCAAUAUUGAAACUCAAGAUUUGAUAUAUAAAGAAGUACUUGAAGGAAUUUAAGGAAUAUUAAUCAAUUAAUAUAUGGAAGAAUUAAUCUAUAUUACAUAAAUAGAUGCUAGAAGAUUUACUUUAUCAAGUGGAAAGUUAAGAUUUACAUCAGGAGAUAUAACUGCAUCAAGGGAAGUAAUAACAAUUUCUGCAUAUGAUGAACUUGGUUUUUAAUGUUAAUCUCAAUUAAUAUAUAGAGUUUUAAAUUAAUUUGAUUCAAAAUUAUAUGCACUUUAAGAAUUAGAAAUAUCAGAUGUAUUUUAUGAUUAUCCUUUAUGGAAUCCAUUUAAAAUUCCAGUAUCAGGGCCAAAUAUAUAAUUUGGUACUUAUUCUGAAAGUAUAUCUGAAUAUGGAGGAACAAAUACUGUAAAACUUAUUAUCAAAUCUGGAGGCACUAUUAAUGCAGAAUCAAUCUAUUCUUAAAUUCCAUUAGCAAAAUCUACAUAAUUUGUAAAAUUAAUUAGUUUAGACCAAAAUGAAUAAAAAAUAGCUAUUAUAUUUUAAGAAUCAUCAACUAAGAAUAUUCUUACUUACAUUUGUUCUACAGAUUAAUAUUAUGAUGGAAAAGUAAAUUUAUAUUGCAUUAAUUAUAUGAAAUUUUCUGCAAAAAUAGAUUUAGUUAAUUCAAAUUUCUAAUGUUAUUUUAAAUAAGAAGUUCUGUAUGUAUUUAUAAUUGAUAAUUUUUACACUGUUGGAAUGUAUUCUAUUUCAUAAUAAGAUGUAUAAAAUCAAUAUAAAUUUAUAUAUAAUUCAUCAAUAUCAAUAGAUUCUAUAAGUGUAGUUGCAAGCAGAUUAUAUGUUAUAUUGAAUAAUCAAUAAUUAGACAUUUGGAAUAUUGAAACUAAAUCAAGAUACUCAGUAACUUAUAACACAGUAAACUAAUUAGGAUUUUAUGGUAAUUGGAAAAUUAGGAAAGUAGUAGGUAAUUCUAGAUAUCAUCCUACUAUCUUAUUUAUAAUUAAUAAUGAUAAUAUUAUUAUUGCUGAUUAUCAUAAAGAAUUAACAAUUAUCAAAGUAUUAACAUAUGAUAAAUCUACUAUUGAUGUAGCUAUUGGUGAGGAUACAUUCUUUGUAGUAGUUCAUACAAGCAUAAUAAGUAGUAUAAUAGAAUAUGAUAUUACUAAUUAUUGUAAUAUCUUUAAAAUGAAAGAUCUACCUAUUUACAGAUACAAAAUUUAAGAUUCAUUGACAAUGAUAAGUAGUAUUGAUUCUGGAUUAUUAUAUAUUGCAGCAAAUGAUAUUGAUAAUAAUAAUACAUCAGUCAUUUUGAUUUAUAAACCUAGAUAAUCUUUAAGAGAUUCUUUAAUUAAAGUUAUGAUACCAAAAAGAUAGAAAUUAUAUAUUUUUGAAUCUUAAAUGGCUGCUGGAGGAUUUAAUCAUUAAAUAUUUUAUUUAAAUGAUGGAGAUGAACAUAAUUUGGAAUGGAUUGACAAAUAUUAUUAUUAUUAAGUAACUCCAAAUUAUGAGACAAAUUAAUGGGUGAAUAAAUUCAGAUUAAAUGUAAGUAUAUCAAAUUUAAAAUAAAAUCCAAUUGUUGAAUUAAGUUAAGCUAUAGUUUUAUAUCAAACAAAAUCUUAAAUAAAGUUUUUUUAGACUAAUUUGAAUAUUACAAAUUAAAAGUGGUUUAAAGAUGAAAUUACAUUAAAUAUGGUAGGAACAAUAUUUGAUUAUUUAUUGUAAUGUUAAUAAUGUGGUUAAGGUAAAAAUGUUAAUAUAAUCUAACCAUUAACAUUAUUUAAAUAAGAAUAUGGAGAUGAUUUAAAUGUAGUUGAUUAGAUUGAAUGUGGAGGAUAAGAUAGUCUUAGAAUAUUAUUAGUAUCUAAAUCAAAUUUAUAAGCAGUUAGAAUUUAUAAUAGUACAAAUUCAUUUUUUAAAUCUAUUGUAAUUUCUAAUUAAACUAAUUAUAAAUGUGAAAAAGUCUUAAAAUAUUUAAAUCAUAUGAUUGUAGCAUGUCGUAAUUCAUAAAAUUACUAAAUGGUAACAAUUUGGUGUGAUAAUGAAACUUCAUGUGGCAAUGUAAUUAAAUAUUCAGAUAUAACAACAAAUGUCAAAAAUAUUUAUUCAAUGAAUUUUGAUUAUAAAUAUUUAAUUGUAGUAGAUGCUCAUCCUAAAAAUCUUAAAAGUAUGGAUACUUAUUUACGUCUAUUUCUUGUGACUUUUGAUGAUACUAAACAUACAGUUACUUAUUCUUAAACAUAAUCAAUAAAUACAGUAUAAUAAUAUGGUGAAUAUUUAGUUAAAGCUUUAUUACAUCAUCGUCCCAAUUAUAGUGUAAAUACAUAUAUUCUUGGAUUAAUGUCUAAUGGAGCUUUAAAAAUAUAUACUAGUUCAUUGACACUUAAAGUAAGUACUAUAAAUAUAUAUACAGAAAUCAUUAAUAAUGGUGGAGAAAUCAUUUAGAAAGAAUUUAAUGACUUUUUUUUUACUGAAAUUCCUACUUAUUCUGUAUAUAUUUCAACUAUUCAUUUACUUUUUACAUCUUAAUCUUUGAAUUAUAAAUUUAAUUUAGUUUAUGAUACAGAUAAUUAUAAAUUAAAAUCAAUCACAUAUAAUUAUGCUUUAAGUCGAUAUUAUGAUGCACAAACAUUACCAGGAAUGUGGAUUGAUUAAUAUAAAAAUAUUGCUUCAAUUCCAUACAGAGUUAAUGAUAAAAAAGUAUUUAUAUUUUUUUAAUUACCUGAUAAUUCUGUAAAUGAUAAAAGGAUUGUAUAUUCAUAUGGUGGAAUAUCUGAAUACCAUGAUUUUACUUAUACAGAUUAAGUAUCUUGUACAAUAUAAAAAAAUGUAAAAUAAUUAAAUCUAUAUAGGUUGUUAUUUUAGGAGUUAAUUCUAAAUAUGAAUCUAAUAUGUUUUAUAUAAAAUAUUAUGAUUUACAAUUAAAAUAUACUAUGAUAAUUGAUAAUUCAGGUGGCAAUCUAUAGAAUUAAGUAGGUUCACUAGAAUUAUCAAAUACCAUAUGUUCAGAAUAACUUUAAUUUAAUAUCAGAAUAAAAGAAUCUGAAUAGAGAGAAGAAAAUUCAAUUAUAGAAUCAAAUGAAAAUAAGAUCAUGGAUGCAUAAUCAAAAUGA